ACUGCAGUAUUUGAACAUUACACUGCACUUAUUUAGAGUUUGAUUUUGAGGGCUUUGGAAAAUGUCCUUCGAACCGGCGAGACGACUUGUAACUUAGCCAAGCUGUGCAGCACCUGACCGGAUAGACGACUAUGGCACAGCUGCAGGUCACUCCGGCCCAGCUGGAGUUUGCCAAUGUGCAGCCCGGCCAGGUCUUGAGCGCUUGGGUCACGGUCAAGAACUUGGACGCUCGCGCGCGGACAGUAAAGGUCAGACCGCCUAAAACGAAAUACUUUGCGCUGCGGGAGUUCUUCAAGCCGCACAGCCUGGCGGGAGGCCUGGAGACGCGCUUCGAGGUCUUCUUUGAUGGCGACAAGUUCGAGGCAGACCGGCAGUAUGCUCAGGACAAAAUUGUGAUCCAGACGGACUCAGGGAGCUAUGAUCUGCAGAUCAAGGCUUCCACCCCGAAGGCGGAUGUGCGCAUUGUGGGCGACCUGAACAUGGGCCUGCUGCCCGCGGAGAGCAAAGCCACGAAGCGUUUCCAAUUGGUCAACCAGGGUGCCGCGACCGCGGCCUUCAAGAUAGACUAUGACCGCGCGCUGCCCAUCAGCAUCACGCCCACUGCGGGCGCGCUGGAGCCUGGGGGCGAGGGGCAGGACGUGGCGGUGACCAUCACAGUGGGGGAGCCGGGCAGCGUGGCGGGCGAGGUGACGGUGGCGGUGGCGGGCGAGCCGCCCAAGAAGGUCAUGCUCACGGCCACGGUGGUUCGGCAGUCGUUCGACCUGGUGGACUCCACGGGCGCCGUCACCAGCGAGCUGGACUUCGGCAGCCUGUACUACGGCCAGGCCAUGGAGCGUGAGGUGACGCUGUUCAACAACGGGCCGGUGGAGGCGCGCUACGUCAUCAGCUACGGCACGUUGGCGGAGAUGCGCUCCAAGGUGGAUGACGACGCGGCGGCGAACGCGGACCCCACCGACCCCUACGCGGACGUGAUCAUGGCGGCGCGGCAGCGGCAGAAGGCGCGCUCCACGGGGGACAACCCCUUCCACGUGACGCCGCUGAGCGGGGUGGUGCCGCCAUACUCCAAAGCCAGCGUGUCGGUGCGCUACACGCCCACGCAGCCGGCGGCGGUGAAGGGCUUCAACUCGCUCAUGCCCACCUCGGACCAGGCGAUGCGCACGUACGAGUACUUUGCGGUGGUGGAGCUGCUGGGCAUGCCGGGCAAACUCAAGCUGCCCAUCCGCGCGCGCGGCAUGCCCGGCGGCCUGCGCAUGAGCCCGCCCAACAUGUUCUUUGGCGACGUGCCCACCUACGCCUGGGCCGACCAGCUGCUCACCAUCACCAACACCAACACGCUUAUGCCGGCGCGGUACCAGAUGGUCAAGUCCACGCCCUAUUUCGCCGUGGAGCCGUCCUCGGGCACGGUGCUGCCGGGCGGCAACGUGCAGGUGCUGGUGCGCUACCAGCCCAAGGCCAUGGGCAAGCACAAGGGCGCCAUCCCCAUCAAGGUCAUGAGCGAGGCGGGGCAGCUCAUCCAGGAGAUGACGCUGGAGCUGGGGGGCAGCAGCCUGCGCGUGGGGGACAAGGUGGCGCCGGUGGGCGGCACCGACAAGCUGCCAGAGGAUUUCACCAAGCCCCGGCACUUUGUGGAUGAUGAGCAGGCAAUGCUGUCGACGCUGCAGGCGCACCAGAAGACCAACCGACUUCUGGCCAAGCCCUGGGAGAAGCCUGACCUUGCGGACACCUUUGCGGACGCCUCCAACAAAAACACGCUCAGCCGCGGCGAGGCGGAGGCCAUGGCCGCGCACCGCGACAAGUACACCGCCGCCAUGCGCACGCAGCGCACGGCGCGGGAGUACCAGAAGAAGAACGGCCGGGUGGCGGAGGACGACGUGAACCUGGGUAUGGACACGCGCAGCGGCCUGGCGGCGCCGGAGCCCAAGCUCAGCCGUACAGUGGACCCGCUGUGGCGCGUGGACAGCACCAAGGAGGCGGCGCCGCGCAUGCUGCGGCAGCUGGGGCCGGCGGACCUGGAGGGCACGCACCAGUGGAAGGCGCGGCCGCAGUCGGAGCAGGAGCGCAUCGACGUGACGCGCGAGCUGACCAAAGAGGAGCUGAGCCGGCUGGUGGUGGGGCCGCGCGUGGUGGACUUUGGCAAGGUGUCCAUGGGCUCCACCAACACGCGACACCUGGUGGUACACAACACGCUGGACACCUCCCUGAACGUGGUGCUGGACCUGAAGCCGCUGGAGAUGCUGCGGGAGAGCCCUAGCAUCAGCCAGGUCAUCCCGCCCGGCGCGCGCGGCGCCUUCCCGCUGGUGCUGCAGGCGAGCGAAAUCCGCAGCGUGAACGAGAAGAUCGAGUACGUGGUGAAUGGCAACCACGUGCUGUCCUUCCCGCUGUCGGCCGACAUCGUGCCCGUCAACCUGGACUUCUCCGCCGAGGACCUCAACUUCCAGUUCAGCCUGGACAACUGGGACGAGGCCGUGGAGAAGCUGCUCAUUUUGGACAACCCCCACAAGUUCCCGGUCAGCUUCACAGUGGAGAGCACCAAUCCCACCUUUCAGAUCUCGAGUGGCGGCGGCGGCGUGAUCCGCAGCCAGAGCUCGGUGGAGGUGGUGGUGCGGUGGGCGCCGGACAUGCUGGGCCCCCCCAAACAGGAGGGCCACCUCAUCAUCAAGAUGGUGGGAGGCGAGGCGCCCAAGCGCAUCUACAUGAGUGGUGACCUGCCGGAGGGCAACGUGCGGCCCAAGGACAAAGAGCUGGUGGCCCCGGUGGCGCCCGUGGGCACGCAGCAGAGCGUGAUGAUGCAGAUCAAAAACCACGGCAGCCGCGACACGGCCUUCCGCUUCCACGCCAACGACGUGCUAACUAUCAAGCCCUCAGGCGGCCGCAUCGGUACCGAGGAAACGCUCGACAUCGAAGUGUUCUUCAUCGCGCAUGACCCCGGCGUGCUAGCGAGCACGCUGGUGCUGGAGAUGCGCGGCGGCAACGUGGUGCGCAUCCCGUUCCGCGCGGAGGCGGUAGUGCCGCACGUGGAGGUGCUGCAGGACGAGUUCGUGUUCAACCAGGUGUUCGUGGGCAGCAGCAGCCGGCUGCCGCUGACGCUGCACAACACGUCGCCGGUAUCGGCCACGCUCAUGUGCGACCUGGUGCAGCACCCGGAGUUCCAGCUGCUGUGCCCCAAGGACGCCUGGUCCACGGACGAGUACGAGGCCUGCCCGCUGGAGGCCAUCGGCGCCACCGGGCAGCAGGUGCUGGGCAGCCGCUUCGGCAGCGCGCGCGGCAGCCGGCAGGGCAGCCGCCGCCAGAGCUCGUCACUGGGCUUCCGAGGCAUGUCCAACGAGGGCUACAAGUACAAGAUCACCAUCAACCCCGGCAAGGAGCUGCCGCUGCUGCUCAACUUCCGCCCCGCCGAGCAGAAGCACAGCGACGUGGAGCUGGCGUUCACGCUGGUGACGGCGGGCGGCUACAACGUGCCGCCCGUGCGCAGGGUGGUCACGGGGUCGGGCGAGACGCCGCGCGUGAUCCUGUCAAAGACACUGGUGGACUUCGGGACAAAGAUCGUGAUCCGGUCCAACCAGAUCAAGGCGCCGUACUCCCUGGACCUGUACAUCACAAAUCAAGAGGAGGAGCCGGUGACGGUGGCGUUCGGCGAGCCGGUGGUGGCGCCGCACGCUGCCGCCUGCCCCGUCAAGGGCAUCUUCUCCAUGGACCUGGCCCCGCUGGCGCCGCUGCAGGUGGGCGGGCAGGAGAUGACCACCUUCCAGCUGCGCUUCUGCCCGCGCGACGCGCGCACCUACGAGGCGCUGAUCCCGGUGUACCUGGACGGCGACAUGGACGAGCCCUACCUCAACAUCGAGGUGCAGGGCGUGGGCCAGUACCCCAGGCUGGCGUUUGACGUGCGCGAGUGCCUGCUGCCGCCUGUGCCUCUGGGGCUGCGCUCCACCACCACCUUCUACGUGCUCAACAACGGCUACGACAACCUGGAGCUCAAGUACAAGCUGCCGGCGGACGAGGGCCACCUGCCCAUGGAGGUGGAGUUCCCGGAGGGCACCAUCAUUGGCCUGGCCAAGGACCGGCUUCCGGUGGUUGUGUCGUUCAUGUCGCCCAAGCCCAUGUCCUUCACCGCCAACAUCGACUUCAUGGACGAGGACGGCAAGCGCUUCUCCAUGCCCGUCACCGGCACCACUGACAACUCGCUCAUGACGCACCACGCAUUCCACCAGCUCAAUAAAUCGCACCUGGUGUUCUCCCACGAAGUCGGCAUGCCCGUGUUCCUGGAGGAGGCCGCUUACGAGCUGCCGCCGCCGUCCAUGUGCCUUGGGCCCAGCUGGCCCUGCCGCGGCGUGGCGCGCUACCUCAACGCCACCACCACUCGCGGGCCGUUCGACGACCUGGCUAAGCAGAUGCUGGGUUCGCGCGGCAAGCUGCUGGUGGAGGUGGUGGAGAUGCUGAGCGGCAAGAACCUGCCGGGCAAGGUGUUCAAGCUGAGCAACAACCGGAAGGAGGCGGUGAAGCAGCUGCUGGGGCAGUACGACGCAGUGCUGGUGUUCCUCAAGAGCCACGGCUGCCUGCUCAACGCCGUCAAGCCCGAAAUGCUACUGGAGUUCGACGACUUCUGCAGGGUCAUGAACGAGCGCAGCACCGCCGCCACGGACAACCACGACGAGCUGGAGGCGCUGGAGAUGUGGGCCGAGGUGGAGAGCAACUUCGACCUUGUGUCGGGGCAGGCCUGGAACGCCACCAUUAUGCAGAUCUUCAAGGUCUUCGUGCUGGGCCGCGUCACGCUGAAGUCGCUGCGCGCCCUGCCGGGGUUGGAGGGCUGCGAGUUGCCGCCCGACUCCUCCAUCAUCGGCUCCAACUAUUACUCGGUGUCGGAGAGCUCGCUGCUGGCGUGGAUGUCGGCGCACUGCCUCCGCGAGUUUGGGCCCAAGUUCCCGCGCAUUACCAACUUCGAUUCGGACCUGUCGGACGCCAGUGUGCUUUUCGCCCUGCUGUCGGGCUACUGGCCGGGCCUGGACAAGAAGAAGAAGAUGCUGCGGCUGGACUGCCGCGACGAGCAGGACAAGCGCGAGAACGCCGAGAUGGUGCUCAAGAUCAUGACGGACCUGGGGCUGCCGUACGAGAUCACGGUGGACGACAUCGUGCUGCCCAACCCGCAGGACAUGAUGGUGUUCGUGCUGUACCUGCACCACACGCUGCCGCAGUUCGUCCCCCGGGCCGCCGUGGACUUCGCCUGCAAGCUGGGCGAGACGCAGUGCAAGGAGCUGGAGCUGACCAACCCCUCCAAAAAGGCCAUCAGCUACUCGGCACGCCUGGAAGGCCACCGAGAUUUCUCCAUCGAAUCCAGCUCGAUCCGGAUCGAGCCCAAGGCCUCGGCCAAGCUGCUCAUCCGCUGCACGCCAACCAACACGCUCAGCCAGGCGGCGCGGCUGGUGCUGAUGAGCAAGCGCGAGGGCGGCGUGCACGCGGCCACGCUGGUGUUUGCGCUGCAGUGCAAGGUCAACACGCGCGCGCCGCUCAAGCGCGUGCGCACCGAGGGGCCGCUGUACGACAUGCAGCAGUUCGAGUUCACCGUCACCAACCCCUUCCCAGCGGACGGGGACUUUACGAUCCAGAUCCUGCACGAGCCGGCGGAGCCGCUGCCCAAGAAGGAGGAGGACCCGGCGGCUACCAAGAAUGCCAAGGGGAACAAGAGCACCAACCGGAGAACGGGCCGCAAGAGCACCGGCCUUGACGCGACGCUGGGGCACGAGGACCCUGCCUCCAAGUUGGGCCGCGUGUGGCCGGACGCCUUUGGUCUGGACCGCAACCGGUUGCGGCUCAAGCAGAACGCCAGCGAGCGCAUCAAGGGCUUCUUCCUGCCCUUCUCCAUGACCACCGCCUAUUGCACGGUGCUGUUCCGGGACAAGGACCAGGGCGAGUUCUGCUACGAGCUGGUGGGAGAGCCGGGCCUUCCGGCGCCCAUCAUGGAGGUCAAGGGCAACGUGCCGCUGGAGGCGCCGCAGCAGGUGUACGACCUGAUGCUGCCCUUCCCCAACAGCGCGCUGGAGGGGGCCAAGCGCGCCUUCACGGAGAAGCACCCGCUGGCCAAGGACAAGGAGCAGGUGGCGCUGCUGAAGCAGGACCCCUUCAAGGGCAUGGAGGUCAUGUACGAGGUCACGCAGACCAACAGCCUCAUGUCCUCGCCGGGGCACAUCGUCCUCUCCGCCCGGCCCUCCAUGGGCGCCGCGGCCGCAGACGGCGCGCUCCCCGGCGGCGGGCCCGUGUCGCCGCCGCCAGGCAACGCUACCGGCGGCGGGUUGGGCAGCACGCAGCGGCCCACCACGCGCAACCCCAACGCGCUGCCGCCGCCCGAGCCCAACACGCUUCGCAUGCACCUCAACCCUAUCGGCACCGGCAUCUACCCCACGCGCAUCAUGCUCACCAGCCCCCUGGAUGUGCGCGUGGUGGAUCUGGAGCUGACAGCGCAGACCAUGACGCAGAGCUUCGUGCUGGAGUUCAACACCAGCGCACGACAAGCCAUCACGCAAGAGAUUCCGCUGGUCAACACCGGCGAUGCGCAGAUGACGGUGACGGCCACCAUCAACGGCAGCGCCUGGUCGGGGCCACGGGAGGUGUCGGUGUCGGCGGGUGCCACCGUGGGGUACCCGCUGCAGUUCAAGCCGCUCAUGCCGGGCGACGUGAAGGGCAGUCUGGAACUGGCCAUCAACGCCACCGGGGAGCGCAACACCUACACGCUGGUGGGGCGCGCGGCGGAGCCCACGGCGGAGGGGCAGAUCAUCAUCGAGUGCCAGGCGCGCAAGCCGGCCGUGAAGCAGUUCAAUGUCCCCAACAUCGUGGGGACAGGCACCGAGUACAAGGUGCUGUGCGACCUGGACUUCAUGGUGGGCGUGCCCUCCAUCAAGGUGCCGCCGGGCAUGGCCUCUCAGUACAAGAUCACCGCCUGCCCACAGCGCAGCGGCACGUACAACGGCACCAUCACCUUCACCACCGCCGACGGGCAGUUUGUGUGGUACACGCUCGAGGUGCGCGCCAGCGAGCCGCCGGAGGUGGGCACCAUCGACGUGCGCGCCACGGUGCGUACGGCGGCCGCGGUGACGGUGGGGGUGGUGAACCCGCUGCGCAAGGACAUGGAGCUGGCGGUGCGCUACAGCGAGGUGGCGCUGUGCGGCCCGCCCUCCAUAUCGCUGCCCGGCAGCCAGGAGCCGGUGCCCUUCGAGUUCUUCUACGCGCCGCUGGUGCCCGGCACCUCCACAGGGAGCGUGGUGCUGGUAAACGACGACGUGGGUGAGUUCCGCUAUCUCAUCAACAUGACCGCCGACCCCGCGCCGCCCGGCGACCUACCCGCAAUGACCGCGGAGCUGGGGAAAUCCGUCAGCCAGCCCGUGGUGGUUGAAAACCCGCUCGACACGCCCGUCGUGCUGGCGGCCUCCAGCAGCAACCCCCGCAACUUUGCCAUCACGCCAGCCAUGGUAACACUGCCGGCGUACGGCCGUGUGGAGCUGGCGGUGGAGUACACACCAAGCACGUUGGACCAUGAGGAGGAGGCCACGAUUACUGUGGAUGGGGACGUGGUGGGGUGCUGGGAGUACAACGUGCGCGGGCGCGGCGAGCUGCCCACGAUCAUGGAGGCGAUUAGCGUGUCGGCGAUGCUGGGUGGGCAGGGGCAGGGCGUGGUGCAGUGGCGCAACCCCUUCCCGGAGCCGGCCAGCGUGAGCGUGCAGCUGCGGACCGACGAGCCGGCGGGCGUGUUCGAGCUGCUGCGCAUCAGCGGCGGGCCGCAGCUGCCGGGCGCCGGCGCCAGCAGCAGCCACUCCAUAGGCAGCGGCCUGGGGCCAACCACCAGCCACACGAGCCUCGGCGGCGGCCCCAGCGCCGCCAGCCUCAACGCGGGCGGGCGGCAGGCGGCGGCGCGGUCCGGCUCCUCCGUCGCCACCAUCCAGGAGACAACGGUGCAGCCGUACGGCACGCUGCUGGUGCCGCUGCGUUACACGCCCGCGGCACUCAAGACGUGCCACUGCGAGGUGCUGGUGGCGGUGGAGGGCAGCAGCUACAGCCUCAACACGUUGGAGUGGCGCUUCCCGGUGCGCGCGCUGACCGAGGCCUCGCUGUCGGGCGUGGUGUUCAAGUACAAGUGCAAGGCGCGCGCGCGGAUUGAGGAGACGAUGGAGGUGGUGCUAAAUGGGCUGCAGAAGGUUGGGCCAGAGGACGAGUUCACACACGAGGUGGUGCUGCCGCCGGAGCAUCGGGGCUUCCUGGAGCAGGCGCUGCGCGUGGAGCCGGUGGUGGCCGCACCCGUGCGGCUGGCGCGCCCCGACGCGCCGCUGCGCUACCGCGUCUGCUUCGCACCGCAGCGCAUGUUGCCGCCCACUUCUCUGGAGCUGGUGAUCAACAAGAGCACGGGCGGGCGGUGGCGCUUCGAGAUGCAGCUGCAGGCCACGGAGCCCGACCUUGACGGCGUGCUCACCAUCGAGGCGGCGGUGGGCGCCACCAGCUACAUCCCGCUGCGCCUGUACGCCAGCGGCUCGGAGCCGCAGCCCUUCACCGCCUCCUUCCCCAACGACACGCCCAUGGUGUUCCACGUCAUUCCCGCCAAGGGCCUGCUGCCGCCCGCGCCCAAGCCAGGCGAGCCCGAGCCCGAGCCGCCGCUGCAGGUGUCGUACAGCUGCCGCGAGUUCGGCAAGGUGGUGCGUGGGCGGCUGUAUGUGCAGACCAGCGACAUGCAAUUCAGCUACGAGCUACGCGGCCGCAUGCCCACCUACGUGCCGCCCACGCCGGCGCAGUUCGCGCCCUCCGUGGACAACAAGCUCAGUGCGGAGCUGGGCGCCAAGCUGAGCCUGGGGCGGCCCACGGGGAAGAACUUUGUGGCGGCCAACCUGCGGGCGGCCAAGGCGGGGCUGGCGGCGGCGGGCGCGGGCGGUGCGGCUGGGGGGCCGGAGAAGGAGCCCGCCAACAGGCGGCGGUAGCUGCUGUUUAGGUGGGGGGUUGCGUGGGCGGGGGUGAGUACCGUACUUGUUUGGUUGUUGGUCUUUGAUUGACGUGGAGUGGAGGUGUGCAUGGAGUUGCGCUGGGACAGCGCGUGUGGCGGAGGCAGAUUGGUGGAUGUGGGUGGUAGAGACAAGAGACAAAGACAUGUGUCCGUGGUAGGCAGUGGUUGACUUGAAUACUCAUCUCAUGAGGCUUGACUGCAUGUCUGCUGGUGACACCGACAGCUGCGCGGAACACGCGCACCGGUAUCGUGAUCUGAUUGCUGACUAGAUUACUACACUGAGGGCAAGGCUGGUGCACAUGCUGACAUGCAUCCCGCAUCCGCUUUCUGUAACGACAAGCUUUG